AGCUGGAGGCAAAUCGCAGAAGUACUGCCUUUAUCACUGCUUUCGGCACUUCAAGGUUGUAUCUAUUUUGAUGGUCUUUUUGCAUGUUCUUCCAAACCCUCUUCGUCGUUGUUGUUAACGCGUGUUCUUGUCUCGACUAUUGGGCGGGCAAUGACUUCAUCAAUUGAACAGACGAAAGUUGGAUGUUUGCUACCCACAGCCACCAUUUAGACCAUCCACAUCAUACAUUCCACGUUCUUGCUCUACUUGCCAACCGCCAAAAUGUCCCGGCUUCACUCCAUGGAAAUCAUGGGCAUACGCUCAUUCAGCCCAACCCAAGGUGAAAGACUCAAAUUCGAAACUCCCCUGACCCUCAUCGUCGGCCAGAAUGGCUCUGGAAAGACCACCAUUAUCGAAUGCCUCAAAUUCGCCUUCACCGGGAUGCAGCCGCCCAACACCAAAGUAGGUGGUGCUUUUAUCCAUGAUCCAAAGCUGGGCAAUGACAAACAGGUCAGGGCACUGGUCAGAGUGUCCUUCAAAGGGGCUGACGGAACCGCAUUGGUCAUCUCUCGUCGACUGGAAUUGACAGUCAAGAAGACCGCUCGCUCCCUCAAAACCCUGGAAAGCUCCUUGAACGUGUCCAAGAGAGGCGAGAAAACAGUCAUCUCUUCGCGGGUGGCCGAGUUGGAUCUGAUCAUGCCAAAGUAUCUUGGUGUCGGUACUGCCAUCAUCGACAACGUCAUCUUCUGCCAUCAGGACGAGAGUUUGUGGCCUCUCAGUGACCCUUCGACCCUCAAGAAGAAAUUCGACGAGAUCUUCGAAGCACAGAAGUACACAAAGGCCAUCGACAACAUCAAGCAGAUUCGGAAGAAACACAAUGAAGAAUUGGGCAAAUACAAGAUCCUUGAAGAGCAUGCCAGAGGGGAUAAGGAGAAAGCCAGAAAGGUCGAAAACAGUGCUCGGAAGCUCCAUGAGAAGGUUGAAGAGUUGAGGGACCAAGUGGAAGAUUUGGAACGACGAAUCUCGCACGCUCGGAAAAUGGCAGACGAAGCCUGGAGGAAGGGCGAAGACUAUGCGAAGAUCCUGGGUCUGCUAGAAGGCAAGCGGAUCGAGGCUCAAGGCAAAAAGAACAUAAUUGAUGGGCUCAAGCAACAUCUCGAAGAAGUCAAUGAGUCUGACGAGUGGUUGCAGACGACCCUUGAACAGUUUGAGACCAGACAACAAGAGUUGAAGGACGAAAUGCGUGCAAAGCAAGAGGAAUACAUUCAGUGUCAAGACCGGAUCAAACAACUUGGGAGAGAGCGAGAGGAGAAGGUCAAGCUCAAGGGGAAAUAUGAACAAGAAAAAGAAGAACAUGAACGACAGCUGGUGCGACGUCAGGAGAUGGUUCGAGACGUUGCUGCAAAACACCAGAUCCGUCGUUAUGAUGAUCUUAGUGACGAGAGCCGUGUCGAAGAGUUUUUGAUCAAGGUCAAGAAGAUCCUGAAGGAUCAGAAGGAUGCCCUCGACCGUAUUAAGCUUGAGCAUACAGCAGAACGACGAGAAGCUCAGACUCUUGUCAACAGAUUGACGGAGCGUAAAGCAGCGCUUCAGGACAGUAAAGUCAACAUCCGGAAGCAGAUAGACUCAAACGACCGCGAAGCCGGAGAGUUCCAACGAAGAGUGAAUCAGAUCCAGGUCGAUGAGGGCAGCAGAGCUGUCGUGGAGUCACGAAUCGAGGAUCUUGAUGCCAAGUUAGGACAGGCACGUCAUGCUGCUAAGACAGCUGAUUGGGACAACAAGCUGCAGGCUGCUCACAUGGAACUCCAAUCUUUCGAGUCAAUCAGUUCGAAGCUCAAUGAUGAGAUUGUACAAUCCACCAAGAAGGCUGGCGAACUCGCUCGUCUUUCUCAUCUGAAACAAGAGUUGAAGGACCGUCAGCGGAGUUUGGAAACGUUGUUGGGUGCCCAUAGUGAGCGGAUCAACAAGACCAUGACGCAGCGAGAAUGGACUCCUUCGACUGUGGAAAGAAUUUACCAAGAAGUCUUGAGUGAGGCUAGCACUGAAUUGUCCUCUGCUGAGCGGGAAAGAGAUUCCAUUGGCAGACAGCUGGAACAGGUCUCAUUCAAACAAAAGACCCUCCGUGAUGAACUCGGUCGAAAGAAAACGGAGGCUGAGGAUUGUGACAAGCAGAUCCGUGCAGUCAUCACUGAAGGCCCAGGGGCUUACGACGAAGCGCUACAACAGGCGGAAGCCGAUGCGGAUUUUGCUCGCGAAGAGAGUGGCGGCUUCGCCGGUCUUCAUGAUUACUACCAAAAGGUUUUGGAAGCCAUCGACGCACCAAAACCUGCAUGUCGUACGUGCUCGCGAGCUUUCAAGAGCCAUGAUGAUCCGGCUUUGGUAAGAACGAAGAAACGCAUGCAGGACCUGAUAGCAAAGACUCUAGCAGACGUCGAGCGGACUAAUCCGAAAGAAGUUGAGGCUGACUACAAACGUCUCCUGGAUCUGGGCCUAGUAGUCGAGACUUGGAAGAAGCUUGAAAACACCGAGAUUCCCGCUGCUGAACGAGACCUCGCGAGGUUGAAUGAACAGCGUGGUCAGUUGGAAUCCGAGCUUGAGAGACAUGACAAGAACGUGGAAAACGCCCAACAAUCGAAACGGGAUGUAGAGUCGGUUGGUCGGACGGUUGCAUCAAUUUCGAAAUGUCACAGUGAAAUCACGACGCUCGAGGUUCAGCUCGAAGAGCUUUCAACCAAACAAUCCCAGCAGACUAGCGGUCGCACGUUGGAAGACAUUCGGGAAGAGCUGAACUCGACUGCGGAGAAGAUUCGGGGAGUCCAGAAUGUGAUCAGCCGACUGAGAUCAGAGCAGGAGCAGUCACGAGUGAGCAUUUCAUCCAUGGAGCUUGAGUUGCGUGAUCUGAAAGGAGAACUGAACACGGUCGGAUAUCAACUUGACAAGAAAGCGUCGCUGGCGGCUCGAGUGGAAGAGUUCCGGGGGCAGAACCAGAAGCAGCGCGAAGCACUUGACAAAAUUGAUCGAGAUAUCGAAAAGCUCGACCCUGAUAUCGCAACGGCUAAGGCCAAAUAUGAAGACAUUGAUCAACGAGCAGCUGCGAAAGAACGAGAAAUGUCUCACGAGCAAUCACGACUUAGCGAGAGCGUCAACGGACUUGACAUCCUCAACGACCAGGUCCGGUCCUAUGUCGAUCGCGAUGGGCCGCAUCAACUUGCGCGCAUCAACCGUGAACUGAGCCACUUGGAGAAGGAGUUGGAUCGCUCUCAGACUGAACAAGGAAGAUUGACGCGGGAUAUGAACAUGAUCAAUGAACAGAUCCGAGACAGCGAGUCAACGAGAAGACGGUAUUCUGACAAUUUGCGUUACCGCCGCGAGACCCGCGCACUUGCACAGCUGCAAGAAGAAAUUCAAGAACUUUCUAGCCAGAACGCGGAGGCGGAUCGAGACAAUUUUCAGCGAGAGUCCCAGAAGUAUACGCACGAAUACAACAAACUCGGUGCCGAACAGGCAGGCAAGAUGGGAGAAAUGAAGUCGAAGGAUGCUCAACUCAAGGAGCUUCUUGAAGAGUACAACACGGACGGCAAAGACGCGGCUCACCGCUACAAGGAGGCUCACAUCAAAGUUGAGGCGACCAAAGCGGCGGUGGAAGACCUGGGCCGGUACGGUGGCGCAUUGGACAAAGCCAUUAUGAAGUAUCACAGCCUCAAGAUGGAGCAAAUCAACAGUAUCAUUGAAGAGCUGUGGCGCAAGACGUACAAAGGCAGCGAUGUUGAUACAAUCAUGAUUCGUGCUGACAACGAGUCUGGACGUGGCAAUCGAUCGUACAACUACCGAGUUGUGAUGGUCAAGAGAGACGCGGAAAUGGACAUGCGAGGUCGAUGUAGCGCUGGACAAAAGGUGCUUGCCAGUAUCAUUAUUCGACUGGCGUUGGCCGAAUGUUUCAGCGCCAACUGUGGACUGAUUGCACUGGACGAGCCGACCACCAACCUGGACCGGGAAAACAUCGAAAGUCUGGCAGAGUCACUCCGCGACAUCAUCCGAGAGCGACAGCAGCAAUCGAACUUCCAGCUGAUUGUUAUCACUCACGACGAAGAAUUUCUGCGUAAGAUGGACUGUGCUGAUUUCGCCAGCUACUAUUACCGAAUUUCCCGAGACCAAUCCGAGAAUUCCAUUAUUGAGCGACAACAGAUCACAGAGGUCUUGUAGGAUCAGGUACAUGGACAAGGCAGACAUGUGCUGGAUUGUCAUUCGCUGGCCCAGUCAUGGUACCUGACAGGAAAAAUCUUGCCAUGAGAUUUGCCGACUGACUAUCUUCUUACCGGUGUCUACCUGAAACAAUGGAGGAGGGCUGACGUGGCCGUGCUUAUAUCCAUCCAACAUUUGAUACUCGUAGGCGAUGCGAGACUUGUCUUUGAUGUGUCGACCAUAAAAGGUUUUGUUGAGUACGAUGGCGACUGAGACAAUGUUUUAAGAUGAAGACAAAACAUGCAUGUGCAGUCGAAGUCUCGGCCUUCGGGUAAUGUGUUCGCGGAGAACAAGCCACCUGCGGCAGAGGCUGGCAGAAGCAGGACGGAAAGGGUGAUGGCUGCCGCGGAAGGCUUGCGCCGUUGCCUGGAAGAGUCUAGCAGUGACCAAAGUGGAUGGCGACUGGGGUUGCUUCUGUGGCUUCUGCAUUAUUACCCUGGGACCCUGCAAGGAACCAUCGCUAAGCUACGGCCUAAAGGGCACAGGGGCCAGAAGCUGGGGCUGGCGCGGGCUGGUCCAAGUGCUUCAUGGCUUGUAUUUCUGUUCAACACUCUCUGUAGUGCGUGAAAGAAGAAGGAAGGACGCCAUCAACGCUGUAGCACA